AUGGCAUCAAUUUGGUGGUCACACAAUAUCUAUUCAUGUUCAAAUCGCUUGGCUUGCCAUAGCCAAACUCCAAUCUCUUUCUUGUUUUAUUUCCACCAUUACCAUCCAUUUCCAUCAAAAUAUAAUUCCAUAUUCCCCAACCAUAUCCACACAACAUAUCCAUUGGAACCUACAACAAAGUUAGUUCUUUGCCACACCCCAACCACAACCAAAACCAGCCAAUACAUUACUCAUCUAAUAUUUUGCCAUAGCACUUGUUUGCUUCAACUUCAUACUCCCAUUAUCACAACUCAGCACAACUCUCACUCAAAACCUUGUAGUUUCUCUUUGGGUUAUUGUCCGUUUAUGGUGUGGCUUGAUGUUGUCACCAAAUCUAUUACAUUUAAGGAUGUUGAACAUGGUGAUGUCCAAUUUGAUGUUGGAAAUUUAUUUUUCAAUAAACAUGAGUUUGUUAUACGUGAACAUAUGUUUCAAUGGGCCCGCCAAAGCUUGUCAAAUUAG